CAGUGCAGAACAUUCAACAGCGCGGGACAGCACUGCAGAACAUUCAACAGCGCGGGACAGCAGUGCAGAACAUUCAACAGCGCGGGACAGCAGUGCAGAACAUUCAACAGCGCGGGACAGCAGUGCAGAACAGCGCGGGACAGCAGUGCAGAACAUUUCAGCAGCAGAUGGAGCGCAAUGUAGCCCGGCACCGAUAAGCUCUAUCCUUCACUACGCAAAGUCACCAGCCGAGAAUUUGCGCUGCGCCAAUUAAAUAAAGAAUAAAAUAAAAUCCCCGCAGCAGUGACCCGCGGCGCCCCCUACCUGCAGCAGACGGCAGCGCAGCCUCCCAAUGUGAGGAUGACAGGUGCGCAUGAGCGGCAACUCUCCCAGUGAAUUUCUUCGGUGUGCUGAUGUGCGAAUCUGGAGCUCACUGCCCUGACAUCCUCCAGCCCCGGCUAUAUCCCCCCAGUGGAGCCCACCGGCAGCCCCCCACCCCGGGCACACAGGGAGGCAGCAGCUGGCACCCAGGAAGAACACAAAAAAAAAAACAACAACAACAACUAACCCUUUGGAUUGUCCAUGGAUAACUACAACAUUGCAUGGAUAAACUAAAAAAAAAUAACAAAUCUUGGGGAAUGACUACACGGAGGAUGAUCUUUGCUGGUCAACUAGUCAUUUAGCUCUAUUUUUACCGUUAGAAGAUCUGGAUUUGUCUCCGCCUUGGCUAUUCUUGUUUUAAUUUUUUUGUGUGUGAGUGAUUGUGUUGUUUUUUUUACAAUUUUUGCAUUUUUUUUAAAUUAAUAUUAUUAUUAUAAUUUUUUUUUUUUUUUAAAUGGGGAGAACGGAAUAUCGAGUUUAGAGAAGAAUCCCUCCUGGCUGGAAUUGUUUCAUUUUUUUAAUUUUUUAUACGUAUAUAUAUAUAUAUUUUUUUUUUUCGGACAUGUGUAGCAAACAUAUUUGGAAAAUACCUUCAGGCGAAGAGGGACGGUUGCUGGAGCGUCGUCGGGAAGCGUUGGGUUAUUGAUCGGUUCCUCUCUUUAAGUGAUGCAGGUGGUAUGAAAAUCGUAGAAUGGAAAUUGUUUGGGAGGUGUUUUUUUUCCUUCAAGCAAAUUUCAUCGUUUGCAUGUCAGCACAGCAGAAUUCACCAAAAAUCCAUGAAGGUUGGUGGGCCUAUAAAGAGGUUGUCCAGGGCAGUUUUGUUCCAGUGCCUUCUUUUUGGGGACUGGUAAACUCAGCCUGGAAUCUGUGCGCAGUCGGGAAGAGGCAGUCGCCUAUCAACAUAGAAACCAGCCAUAUGAUAUUUGACCCUUUCCUAACAUCGCUGCGCAUCAACACCGGUGGACGGAAGGUGAGCGGUACAAUGUACAAUACAGGGAGACAUGUAUCACUACGACUGGACAAGGAACAUCUAGUAAAUAUAUCUGGCGGGCCGCUAACGUACAGCCAUCGCUUAGAAGAAAUACGGUUACAUUUUGGCAGUGAGGACGGCCAAGGCUCAGAACACCUUCUGAACGGGCAGGCGUUUUCUGGGGAGGUUCAGCUAAUACACUAUAAUCACGAGCUGUAUACAAAUGUAACAGAAGCAGCAAAAAGUCCAAACGGUCUAGUGGUUAUAUCCAUAUUUAUAAAAGUAACAGAUUCGUCUAACCCGUUCCUUAAUCGAAUGCUCAACAGGGACACCAUAACAAGAAUAACAUAUAAAAAUGAUGCCUAUUUACUGCAGGGGCUAAAUAUUGAAGAGCUUUACCCAGAGACGUCUAGUUUCAUUACAUAUGAUGGGUCGAUGACUAUCCCACCUUGUUAUGAGACAGCAAAUUGGAUCAUUAUGAACAAACCCAUCUACAUUACUAGAAUGCAGAUGCAUUCAUUAAGACUACUAAGCCAAAACCAGCCCUCUCAGAUCUUUUCGAGCAUGAGCGAUAACUUCAGACCCGUCCAACCCCUGAACAAUCGCUGCAUCAGGACUAAUAUCAACUUCAGUUUACAAGGGAAAGACUGUCCAAACAACAGGGCGCAGAAACUACAAUAUAAAGUGAACGAAUGGCUUCUGAAGUGAAGAAACGGGUGAAGGUCCUGAGGAUUGUCAGAAGACGACCUGCUGCCCAGGAUAGACACGACUUGCUCCAGGCCCCAUUCACUUUAUUGGAAUUAUACUUCAUUAUUCGUAUCAAUCAUGCGUGAAAGUACGGCAGCAAAAAAAAAAAAAGAGAGAGAGAGACGAGAACAAUAUAAAAAACGUUCAAAAACAUCCAUAAACCUGUCUCUAAACGGGAGAGGCACCUAGUACGGAUUCUUCUGUGACUAUACAGGCGGCGCGGUGGGAGACUCGUUGGCCUUUGUACAUAACCUGCGGAUUUCUUUCUAUAAAGUCGCUUCGAACUCUUUCCGGGUGGAACCAUAACCAUAGUCCUUGACUAUUGGGAACCCCUUCAUACCGCUUUAUCAUACAUGCGAACCGGAAAAUAUCCACGCGAAGAAGAACACGAAAGAAUUAAAAAAAAAAAAAAAAACGAUUUCAAGGCUGGGCUGCUGUUGUUCUGUUUACUCCAUGGCGAGAUGUUGAGCGAUAUAUGUAUAAAACAUAAAUAUAUAUUAUUAAAGAGUAUAAAUACAUUAAAUUAUUUCCUCUCCGAUAGAUCCCGAAAACGGAAAAAAAAUGAUUUUUCUUUUGCUUAUUGAGCUGAAAAUUCCAUCCUUUCUGUUUAUUCUGUAAAUGUUCCACCAUCUUUUUAUUAUAUUUAUUAUUUUAUGUUACCUUUUAGUCAUUCUUUAUAUUUUUACGUCUCUUCCCCCCCCCCCCCCCCCCAUCGGUUCACCCAUUUUCCCCAGGUUUGUGUCUGAUUUAUUCGACUAAACAAAAAAAAGGCUUCGGUUUGAUCUGGAAAGUCUCGGUCUCUAUUUCCAUUUUUCUUUUUCUUUUCUUUUUUCUUUUAUUUAAUUUAAUUUAAUUUUUUUCAUUUUAUUUGAGUAAAAAAAGAAUUGAAUACAAAUCUUCACUUUUUCUAAGACUUCGCAUUACUUGUGUUUGGUUACUGUCAGCAUCUCAAUAAAUGUUAAUAAAAAUAUUGACUAAU